AUGAAGUUGUCUUCCGCUCUUUUCGCGCUCUCCUCGAGCUCCGUCCUUGUCGACGCCUUCCCCGCCUUCUCCGAGCGCAACCUCGAGAACCUCACCCCGGAGAGGCUAAACGCCGCCAUUCGCGCCGUCGAGCAGCACAAGCUCGAGAAGCGCAUCAUCGUUGACUCCAGCAAGCCCAUCGACACCACCGGCGACCACGCCUUCCAGGCUCCCGGUGAUGGCGACCAGCGCGGUCCCUGCCCCGGACUGAACGUCCUCGCCAACCACGGCUACAUUUCCCGCGACGGCAUCACCAGCUUCGCUGAGGUCGUCAAUGCCAUCAACCAAGUGAUGGGCAUGGGUGUCGACCUCGCCCUGAUCCUCGGCAUCAUGGGCACCGUCUGGACGGGCAACCCGCUCGCCGUGGACCCGGGCUUCUCCAUCGGCGGCACCGUCCCCGGCGACGGCACCGACAACCUCCUCGGCAACCUCGUCGGCCUUCUCGGCGACCCCCGCGGUCUCCAAGGCGCCCACAACUGGCUCGAGUCUGACUCGUCCCUCACCCGCGACGACCUGUACGUCACGGGCGACGCAUGGACGAUGAACAUGACGCUCUUCCGCGACUUCCACGACCGCGCCGAUGCCGACGGCGUGCUGUCGAUGGACGAGCUCGCCGACCAGGCUGCGCGCCGCUGGGAAUACAGCGUCGCGCACAACCCCAACUUCUACUACGGCCCCGUGACCGGCAUGAUCGCGCGGAAUGCCGGCUACUUCUUCCUCGGCCGCCUGCUGGCCAACCACACGGAAGAGCAGCCCGAGGGCGUGCUCACGCAGGAGGUGCUGCGCAAGUUUUUCGCCGUCGAGAUGGGCGAGGACGGCGAGAUGGAGUACAAGGUCGGGCACGAGACGUUCCCGGACAACUGGUACAAGAAGAAGAUCGACUACGGCCUGAUUUCGUUGAACUUGGACACCGUGGGCUGGGUGCUGAAGCACCCGGAGCUGGGAAGCAUCGGCGGCAACACGGGCACCGUCAACUCCUUCACCGGCCUCGACCUCUCCGACAUCACCGGCGGCGUCCUCAACGCCGCCUCCCUGCUCGAGGGCAACAACCUGCUCUGCUUCGUCCUCGAGGUCGUCAAGACCUUUGCGCCCAACUCGCUCGCCCCGCUGCUCAAGACGCUCGAGGCCCCCCUCAAGCUCAUCUCCGACGCCAUCACCGGGCCCCUCACCGACCUCGCCUGCCCCGCCUGGAAGGACCUGACCGAGGGCGGCGAGCCGCUGUGGGAUGGCAUUCAGAGCAAGUUCCCUGGCGCGAGCCAGGCGGGGUCGUCGUUGUAG